AUUAAUUCCGUGCUGUUAUCUGGAAACUGAGUCAGAGAUUAAUUUUGGUGCGGUGAUUGCAAACAGUAAAAUAAUUAGUAAAGAGAUUAGUAUUGCUAACCAUGGAUCAGCUUCAGGUACAUUUAAAAUAUCGUAUGAUGGGGUUGUCCUGCUUAACAUAGAACCUACCACUGGAGUGGUAGAGCCGAAAUCUAUAAAGACAGUUAAAGUGGAUAUUUGCACAGAUGUACCCAGAGUCAUCAGAGAAAUGAUAAAAGUGGAGUUGGAAGGUCAUGGCUGCACUGAAGUAUGGAUCAAAGCUGUUGUGGUUGAACAAGUUCUUAAAGUUCUAGGAGUGUCUUGUGGAAAUAUAUUGGAAUGCAUUCACUUUGGACCAGUUUACUUUGGGUCUUCAAAGACUGAACAAAUAACUUUAUACAAUGAAAGUCCUGAGUGUAUGGACUGGGUAGCAGUACUGGAAGACAAUGCCAUUGGAGGAGAGAUGGGGACAGAUCUUCAGAGAAGUGCAGAUGCUGUUUUACAAGACUUAAGCCUCAAAAAUAGAACAAGAGAUGUAGAUGUUUCCACCCUGAUCUUGUGCAUUCCCAAUCAAGGAACCUUGCUACCUUAUGAGAAAUCUUUGGUUACAUUGUGCUUUAGUCCAAAGGACUUUGCAGUGAACGACUCAUCACCGAAACAAGAUUACGUACUGUUUCUGAGAUUUGAAGCUGUUGGGAAUAAAGAUGGCUAUCUGCAGGCCCUCAGUGAUGGUGCCACAGCAAUCACGAUGAAUCAUCCUCAUCACAUGGAGUUAGCUUUGACAGGUUCUGGGCUUCCUCUCAUGUUAACUUUUAGUCCAGGACCAGUUAUUAAGUUUAUGGACUGUUUCCUGGGUGAACAAACACAAGUUCUAUGCACAUUCAAAAAUGAAUCCGAGUCCCUUCCAGUAACAUUCAGCUUCCGCAAGACUGCUCACUUUAAUAUUUCACCUGAAAAAGGGAAAAUUAAAAAAAAAUCUGCAAAGGAUGUGAUAUUUUCAUUUUCUCCACAUCAAAUAGGAACAUUUAAAGUGGAGCAAGUUGUUGAUAUCAUUGGUACAGGACUAGAGAAAAAUAAUUUACAGGUUUUGAAGACAAAAUCCUUUCACCAAAUAUAUUUGAGCUUUAUUGGUGUGUGCAAAUCUAAACGAAAAAACAUUCUAUUCAAAAUUAAUCCCGGUAUAACACCAAUGAUUUCCAAUGCAACUGGACGGUUUGUAGCUGAUGGCACAGGACAGUGCACUGAUACAGCACCUGUGGCAAUACUUAAAUCAACCCAAACACAAAUUCAUACUCACUGGAUAAACAGGAAUUGUAAGGGUGAUGCACUUAUAGCUUUUCCUAAUGACCGUGCAGCCAGCAUUAGGCCUAGUGAAUGGAAUAAAAAGUACAGGACUAUUUUCACGAAGACUGAGAGAUAUAAUUAUAUAGAUCCAGAGUUUUCUUAUACUGACUGUGAACGACUGUUAAAAGAAGCACAUAAGGAAUACUAUGCAGACUUCAUUUCUAGUUUAAGACAGCGUCGUUUACAGAAAGAUGCUGCUAGGCAGUUUUAUAUUUAUAAUAAUUCUGUGAGCAUUGGCCUUAAACCAGCUGAAGGGCUUAAGUCACCAAAGAUCUCAAUCACAGAUAUUCACAAGGAGAAGCUACAGUUCAAAAUGCUUCCUUUAGAUGAGAAUUGCCUAUUAACUAGUCGAAAAUUGGCAGCAAUUCGUUCUAAAUCUUCAAUCAAAGAAAUUUGGAGUGGGCUUAGUGCUAUGCCAUCUUCUACCCAAGAGAAGGAAGAUUGUACUCUAACUUUGACAUCCAAGCAGCUUCAUCAAAUAGUCAUUGGUCCUUCUACUAUGGAUUUUGGUGAUGUUUGUGUGUAUUCUACAACAGCAAGAAAACUGCACAUCAUCAAUAACUUGUUAGUUCAUAUAUGGAUACAAAUUGAGAUUGAAAUUGAUGAAUUACAACAGACGAGCCCAUUGUCUCAGGUGGUGCCUCCUCUUACAAAGACUCAUAUUCCAAUUGUAUUCGAGACAAACACUCUUGGGAUGUUUAAAAGAUCUUUCACUUACACAAUAAACAACCAACACCUUGGGCAUGUGCUGGUAGUUGCAAAAGCAGUGUCUGUAGAACUUGAGCUGUCUGCAAAAGAACUGAUUUUAAAUCCUAUUCCCGGCUACCUAGCGGAGGCAGAAUUUAGAACAACUGUCAGAGUAUACAAUCCCAGAAACCAUCCUGCUGAGUUUACUUGGAAACCUAUAAUUACAGAUAGAGGAACUGCAUUUUCUAUACAGCCAGCCAAAGGCUUUGUGGAGGCCUAUAGAGAUCUGGAGUGUGAAGUUGUUUGGCAUCCAAGGUUCAACUCUCCGGAAUCAGGAGAAUUCAACUUGUGUGUGCGUAAAGGAAACAAAAUUAGGUUGAAAUGUUUUGCAAAG